AUGGGAGAUCUUAUGAAAAGACAAUUCAGCAUCCUAGAUUUAUCUGGAAAGAAAUUUUUGGAAUGGAAAGUGGAUGCCAUGAUGAAUUUGAAAGCUCAAGGGUUGGAACACACUAUUAAAGAUAAUAAAAGUCCCUCUAGUCAAACAACAGAUACUACCACUUCUGUAGUGACGGUUGUAAAACCUGUUAUUGAACAAGAAAAGGCAAAAGCCUUAGUGUUACUAAGACAUCAUUUACAUGAAGGCCUUAAAACUAAGUACAUGAUGGUUGAAGAUCCCAAAGGAUUAUGGGAUUGCCUUUUGAAAAAUUUGGACACCACAAAAGGGUGCUCCUUCCUAAGGCAUUAUUUGACUAGACAAAUUUACGUCACUGAUAAACAGAUGAUUGAAAAAACACUUACUACCUUUCAUGCAAGCAACAUACUGUUGCAAGAACAAUAUCGUGAAAGAGGUUUCAAAAGGUUUAAUGAAUUAAUGAGUGUAUUACUUGUUGCGGAACAAAAUAGUGAUCUUUUGUUGAAAAAUCAUAAUCUUAGUCCAACUAGGUCUUUGGCCACUCAUCAUGAGGCAAAUGCAACAAGUUCUUAUCCACCCGAGGCAAAUGCUACACGAAGAGGUGGACGUCGAAAUUACAAUGGCCGUGGAAAUUAUCGCGAACGAGGCCGACGACGUGGUAGAAAUAAUUUUCAAAGAAACAGUAAUUUCAAAAAUUCUGAAAAACAGAAGGGACAAUCAUCUGGAAGCCACAAACAAACUCCUUCAGAAGGAAAAGACACAUGUUACAGAUGUGGCAUGACAGGACAUUGGGGACGUACUUGUCGUACAGCCAAACAUUUGGUAACCUUUACCAGGCUUCUGUAA